CGACCGCGCCGACGCCGCCCACUGGACGCACUCCGCCGAGCUGGACCGGAACUUCGCCGUGUUCUGGACGCCCGGCGACGACGACAUCACGUUCGAGGUGCAGGUCCGCACGCUGGGCUACGUCGGCCUCGGCUUCUCCAGCGACGGCAAGAUGAAGGGCGCGGACAUGGUGAUCGGCUGGGUGCGCGACGGCCAGGUCUUCUUUCAGGACCGCCACGCCAUCGAGCGCUCCGAGCCCGAAGUGGAUUCUAGUCAAGACUACGAGCAACUGCUCGGCUACGAGAACGGCACGCACACCGUGCUCAGGUUUCGCCGGAAGUACGACACCUGCGAUCCGCACGACUUCAAAAUCACGAACGACACGGUGCGCAUGCUGUACGCGUACCACGACCGGGACCCCGUGGGCAGCGAGCCGCUGCCGUACCACGGGUCGCAGCGCGGCGCCCGCUCCGUCUUCCUGCUGGAGAGGGUGCCCCGCGAGGACGCGCUGCCCAGGGACACCCUCACCUGGGACCUGCGCAACCCGGCGGUCCCGCUGCCCAACACGGAGGACACGCUGUACUGGUGCAAGAUCUUCAAGCUGCCGGACCUGCGCCGCAAGCACCACAUGAUACGCUACGAGCCCAUCCACCAGGCAGGCAACCGGGCGUACCUGCACCACCUGGUGGUGUACGAGUGCUCCGGCGACGCCAGCCAGUUCGAGAAGCACGUGACGUCGCGCGGGGAGGCCUGCUACCACCCGCACAUGCCCAACGAGUUCCUCAGCUGCCACAACGUGGUCGUCACCUGGGCCGUCGGCUCCGAGGGCUUCAACUUCCCCUCCGAGGCGGGCUACCCGCUGGACCCCGGCUCCGGCGCCAAGUACUACAUGAUGGAGACGCACUACAACAACCCCAACAUCGACCCGGGCAUCAUCGACUCCUCCGGCGUGCGCGUCUUCUACACGCCCACGCUGCGCAAGUUCGACGCGGGCGUCAUCUCGGUGGGCCUGGACCCCAACUGGAGGCACAUCAUCCCGCCCGGCCGGCCCGAGGUGGUGAGUGAGGGCCACUGCAUCGCGGACUGCACGCGGCAGGCGCUGCCCGAGUCCGGCAUCAACGUGUUCGCCACGCUGCUGCACACGCACCUCAUCGGUCGCAAAGUACGGUUUCGGCAAAUCCGGGGCGGCGAGGAGCUGCAGCCGAUCACCGCCGACAACAACUACGACUUCAACUACCAGGAGUACAGGCGGAUCAAGAAGCCGGUCAAGGUGUACCCGGGCGACCACCUGAUCGCCGAGUGCACGUACAACUCGGAGGCGCGGUCCACCAUCACGCUGGGCGGGCUGACGGCGCGCGAGGAGAUGUGCCUGGCCUUCGCGCUGUACUACCCCAGGGUGGACCUGACGCUGUGCUACUCGCUGCCGUCGCUGCCCACCGUGCUGCACUCGCUGGGCAUCCAGGAGCUCAUGCCGAACUCUUCGCCCGUCAAGAUCAAGCUGCCCGAGGAGCUCCGCGACAUGACGCUGGAGACGCGGCUGGUGACGUACGACUGGGAGAAGCACUUCGGCUCCUUCCAGGACGCCACGCGGAAGGGCUCCUUCAAGCCCCUGUGCUGGGCCAAGAAGCCGGUGCUGCUACCGGGCACUGAGGACACGGAGGCGACCUACCCCAACAUCACGAGGGCGUGGCGGCCCGAGCCGUCGUGCCACCGACGCAGGCAGCGGCCGCACCGCAAGAAGCGGCCCGGCGACGAGGACGACGACGACGACAACGAGACCAUCUCGGACGACGCGCGCGACAACGCCGUCAUGGCGGACGACAUGGGCAACAGUCUGAACCCCAUCGGCGCGCAGGAGCAGUCGCGCCUCAACAGCGCCGCCGUCCGGACGACCAGCGCCGCCGCCGUGCUGGGCGUCGUCGCCGCCCUGCUCGUCCUCAGAUGAACGCCCUCGGCGAGACCCUCGAGGCCCCGUCGGCCACGGGCCCCCUGUGUGCCCCUGUGGGCGCAACGCCACUGUGAUAGGUCCCCCCCCCCUUCCCCCCACAACGCCCCUCGCCGUCGCCUUGGAGAACCCCUCCAUGCCCGCGCGGGGGCGUCGUCCACUGUGCUGUGACCAAUGCCUCGACUGAUGUGCCGACCACACUGCCAAACACGCAGUCUCUGUGGUCUUAAGGGAAACUUCACUUUAUUUCAUGAGAAAGGUUUUGUAUUUUUAAAAUACUAGGGUCGUGAAAAUAUUGUAUUGUGCGUGUGUGUGUGUGUUAUACUUUCCUUUUUACUUCUGAAGCUUUCCGUAAGAACACAGACGGUUUGAACGGUGUGACGUUUGGCCCUGCUCCGCAGGCGAGUUGACAUUCAGCGAGGCUUCCCCUUCCCCCUCCCCCUCGCCCUGUCGUUGCAAACACCUCUCUUUUAGUCAACGCGAGGCUGCAACGACUUGGUGGCAUGUAUACACUGUAACAAAAUGGACUAAGAUUUUUUUUUUUAGUGUUAUGAUUCAGAAAGAAACAAUGAACUUUGAAGAAAUUAAUGAAUUUACUUGUACUGCAUUAUUUUCUUUUGCCACUGUGCUCCUACUUUGAUGGAUUGUGCUGUGCAUAGAGUGAGGGAAUCAAAGCAAAGGGAAGACAGUGAGUUUUUAAAAGAGCGAAAAUAAGAACCAGUAUGCUUUAGAUAGAAGACUUAUGGUGUAUAUGAUGAUGACACUUGAGUUCUGUUAGACCUUGAAGAAUGUAUGGUGGUGUGAAGCAAAUCUGUCUAGUACUCUAUGUAUUUAUUUUUGUACAUAAUGUAUGAUAAGACAAAGGCAUAACUGUGACAGUGAGAUGUUGCAAGAGCCAUUGAAGGUGAAAGAAGUACUACAGUAGUUUGCCUUCAUCCCCAAUGCACCUGAAAUAAAAACAAGAGAGAAGCAAAAUAUAUAAGUGCAUUAAAUGUCAUCAGUUCUCACUUUUCAUACCAUGAUGCCAGGGCUAUGCAUGGUAUUCCAAGCAGAGAUAAACAGAGUAUUUAUCUUUGAUGUAUAAAGCCAUUAGUUACUGUGAUAUCGUUAUGGUCUUGUCUUUACACUAAUCAUGUGGCAUAUGUACUGUACAGUAUGUUAAAUUUCCAAAUUGGGAUUCUUGACCUGCUGUCCAUAGUAUCUGGCAUCAUGGGUUAAAGUGCCUAUACAUUAUACGUAAAUGUUUAUUGAACUCCACAAAUUUAGGCGUAUUGUUUGGAGAACUUUUUUUUUCUUUAAGUUGAAGACUGGAGGUUUUAGUUCGCCAUUUAAAUUGCCAUGCGCAUUCUAGUUAAUGUUUUCUUGGGCUCCUUUCUUUUAGUCCUCACUACAGAUGCUUUAAAUUUUAUUCAGUUUCAUAGUUUUAUCUGAUAUCUCUCCCCAAACUUUGGAAAGACCCAAAAUAAAAGGUUCAUUUACUUGAAUUGAAAGUUACCACUGUUUGGUAUAUGUAAAUUUACUAAUAUUUGAAAUGUUGUUCUUGUACGAUUGUGUAUGUAUUGUAGACAUCAUCUAGUUUCCUUCAAUACCGGAAAAGUAUUCUUGGGCUUGAGUUGACCUCAUUUGCUUCUGGCUCAAGGGUGCAAAAUACCUCCUUUGAAAUCCAUAAUUUUGGCCAUAGGCUGGCUGGUGAAGUUCUAUCACUUACUGCUAGCAAGUGAAUUAUUGUUCUACACCAUUUUCAACCUGUGGGCAGGAUUCUGAAAACUAGUAUAUGUCCAUGUAUUGUUAAAUUUGAAUAUGCCCUCUAGCUUCUAUAUUUAUUGUAUAUUACUGUAAUUUAAGAGGGUAUAAAAAUUAUAAAGUAUGUAGGGUGCUGACGAUUUAAGAACAUAAUAGCUGAAAGCACUGAAAGAUGUAUAGGUGGGGUGUGACUUGGAUGAACAGAUGGAAAACGAAGCAAGCAGCACUAAUAGCUGAGUGCAAUGUUGUAUAGAGUUCGUACCAUUUUACACACUAGUGAUUUAACUUGCGCACUAUGUUAUUGCAUAGUCUCUUAUUGUGUUUGUUGUUGUUGUUGUUGUCGCUUUGGUCUCAUGCAAAUACACACUUCAUGUGUAGAUUGAGAUCCACUCUUGAUAACAUUGCUAGUCGUAUGAGGUCCAAUCUUAAUUUAUUUUUUCUAUUGAACUGGAUGAACUACAGUAAAGCUGGCUCUUUUCAGAGAAUAUUCCACUCACUCACCUAGUGGAAUAACUUAGUGUUAGAAUUGCACACCAUCAUCACAAAGGCAUGAGUUGACCUUUUACUUCUUCUUUUUUUUUUACCACUCGCCAUACAUUGCCAUGACUACUGGAGAAAAGUUGAUGCAUUUACCAUAGGAAUCUCUUUUUGAAUUAGACCGUUUUUAAUAGGUGUUUCUACUUCACCUCUACUGGUUUUGUCGCUUCAAAGCAUGUCAUUUUAUCGUUGCCAAGCAAAAGGCUGAACCUUUGCCAAAAAUAAUUAGACAAUUGAAGCCAAGAAGCCACCAAUUCAUGUAAUUCACAUACGUCUACACAAGAGUUGCAAAGGGGGAAAAGAAAAUAUCAUAAUGUUUGAGGGGUGUCUUUGGAUUGACACCAUAGACAUCCGAUUUUGUCUAUUUCCUAUUCAAAAAGCACAAAAAAAAAUGGUAGCACACCUUUCUUUCCGUUUCAUUGUGUAGACAAUAUAAAGUGUAGCUCCUGCAGAAUUUUACUGUACAUUUUCAUCUUUCCUUUUCCAAAUACGAGUGUUAGGAUAAAUGGUUUUAUUUUUUGUAACCAUAGAACAAAUAUGUACUUUUCAUUUCACUCCUUUGAUAAAUCUAAAUGCGUCUUGUAUUUUAAAGCAGCUUUGACAAUUCUCUGAGAUGUGCGCAGUUUUAGAUAGAUUGGAUAAAUUACCCAGACCAGUCUUGUGUAAGAAUUGUGAUGUAGUGCUGAAACUAAGAAUAUCCUAGCAGUUCUAAACUGCCAUUAUUGUGUAAAAUCCAGUUUAUUUUAUGUUCUUGUUUGCUAAACGUCUGUAUUUUAAUGCAUCAUGAUAAGCUUGUCUCUCCUGAGCAACUCGUUAGUUCCUUGGCUAAUUAUUCAUACUACUACAGCUACCCCACCACUUUUGAGUAAGUCUUAAAACUUGAACCUACUGAAGGAUAAAAGUAACUUAAGUUCUCCAUGCAAUAUUAUUAAGCAACAAAAAAAAAGUUAAGAUUCAAUACCAAACAAGCACUUGGUCCGCUACUACCAAUAUUCUCUGACAUUUCCAACCUAAUAUGUUGUGAAGUAAAAUUGGCUAAGAAUUUUAUUUCUUAAUGAAACUUAAAGAAUAGCCCAAAUCAAAACAUCACAGGAAAAAUUUGCAAUGACCUAAACACCAUUUCAAUGCAAAAAGGGGGCUGCUCGAAAUCAUCAGAAGCCCUAAACAUGUAAAGAUAUCACCGAAAAAUGUGAAUAAACUAUACAUCAUGCAAGCAAAUUUUGAGUAAUCUUGCUUGUGAUAGUCAAAAACCAAAUUGUAAAAAGGAACUUUACUGUGAAUAUACAUAGAAGGUAAAUAAAAACCAUGUAAAACCAUGUAUGAUUGUUUGUACACUUAUAUAUAGAAAUAAAAUUAAUAUCAGACAGUA